CUCGAGAGACGUCGAGAGAUCAGAGCAGACUGGUGCAGACCAGAGUAGACUAGAGUAGAUUGGAGAUGAUACGUCUCUUGCAUUUAUUCUCUUGAUUUGUAUAAUUUGCGUGAAUCCGACAACAUGUUGCGUGUGCUGAAGAAAUUUCGCGAUAUCCGAUAUUUCUCGACUGCGGCCCUACCGGCACCAGAUACGAAUCCACCGAUUCUAUACGCAGGAAUAUUUAUCAAUAAUGAGUGGCACAAAUCCAGAUCUGAGAAGACAUUUCCUACUGUUAAUCCUGCUACGGGCGAAAUAAUCGCCGAAGUGCAGGAAGGCGAUAGCGCGGAUAUUGAUAUCGCUGUGCAGGCCGCUAAAAGAGCCUUUAAAAGAAAUUCACCAUGGCGAACUAUGGAUGCUUCUCAAAGAGGAGUUCUCUUAAACAGAUUGGCUGACUUGAUGGAGCGUGAUAAAAAAUAUCUAGCGUCGUUAGAAACCUUCGACAACGGCAAACCGUAUUCAGCUUCAUAUAAUGUGGAUUUGGCCGGUAGCAUUGGCGUGCUCAGAUAUUACGCAGGAUGGGCUGACAAAUGGCAUGGGAAGGUUAUACCCGCUGAUAGUAAAAUCUUUGCAUAUACAAGACAUGAACCAGUGGGAGUAUGCGGCCAAAUUAUUCCGUGGAACUUCCCCAUAUUGAUGAUGGCGUGGAAAUUGGGCCCAGCUUUAGCUACAGGAAACGUUAUCAUCCUGAAACCUGCGGAACAAACCCCGUUAACAGCUCUUUAUAUAGCGCAACUGACGAAGGAAGCCGGCUUUCCUGACGGAGUGAUCAACGUGGUUCCUGGCUACGGUAAAGCCGGAGCUGCAUUAGUAAAUCAUGAUAAAGUCGAUAAGAUCGCAUUUACGGGGUCUACAGAAGUCGGUCAGCUAAUAAAGCAAAAUGCUGCUAUAAGCAAUUUAAAAAGAACGACGCUGGAGUUGGGUGGAAAAUCUCCCAAUAUUAUCCUACAGGACGCCGACUUAAGUCACGCGGUGGAAACAGCUCAUUUUGGAUUAUUCUUUAAUAUGGGUCAAUGCUGCUGCGCGGGAUCUCGAACUUUCGUUCAAUCAAAGAUUUAUGAUGAAUUCGUGGAGAAGAGUGCGGUUCGCGCCAAGUCUAGAACCGUGGGAGAUCCAUUUGAUUUGAAGAUAGAGCAAGGUCCACAGAUUGAUGAAGAGCAAUUGAACAAAAUUAUGAAUCUGAUAGACUCCGGUAAAGAAGAGGGUGCUAGCUUGGUAACAGGCGGCGAGCGUGUCGGCGAUAAAGGAUAUUUCAUCGCUCCGACGGUAUUCGCAAACGUGAAAGACGAUAUGACUAUAGCCAGAGAAGAAAUCUUUGGUCCGGUUCAGCAAAUUCUAAAAUUUGACGACUUGGACGAAGUUAUUGAACGCGCUAAUGAUACCGAUUAUGGAUUGGCCGCUGCAGUUUUCACAAAAGAUAUCGAUAAAGCGAAUUAUAUCGUGCAAGGUCUUCGUGCGGGUACCGUAUGGGUCAACACAUAUAAUGCUCUGGUCCCCCAAGUACCGUUCGGUGGCUACAAAAUGUCCGGACAUGGCAGAGAGCUUGGAGAGUAUGGCCUUGAGGCGUACACGGAAGUAAAAAGUGUCAUUGUCAAACUAAAUGAGAAAAAUUCCUAAAAUAUAUAUAUUAUAUAUACAUUUAAAGAAUUUAUAUAUAUAUAUUUUUUUAUAUACAUAUAACUUUGUUCCUAAAAUAUAUAUAUUUUAAGAAUUUUGUAUUAAUGUAGUUGAAAAUAGCAAAAUUGGCACUUUGCUUAAAAAUUCCACAAAUCUAAUUUUGCCACAGUUCUUGCAUAAUUUCUUUUGCAACAAUUUAUUAUAAUUCUUCCCGAUGCUUUUUAUUUAUAUGAUUACAGUAGAAGAGUAAAGAAUAAGAGAUAAUUUUUUAUAGCAUAUUUACAGCUCAUCAAAUUCCG